AUGACUGAUUCCACACCAAAACAAAUCCUUAUUAAAUCACGAUCCAGUGGAUCGUUAAGAGAUAGCGUCGUUGAAAGUACCGAUAUCUUUACGUCGACACACCUUGUGGACAGUGAUACAGAGAAAUUUAAGUACAAAGGUGGAAGGAGAGCUAUGCUGCCUUCCAUAAGUACAGUGAAUGCCGCUCCGGGCGUUUCUACUGAAAGUACAGACACGAAGGGUAGUCAUUUCGAUACACACACGCAUGUCGCAACUAAUGACUUUCAACCGAUGAAGAAAAAUGCGUGUCAGUCAACUCAAAAUGACUCAGAAUUACAACAAUACCAGAACACAACCGUAGAGACAGAGAAAACCGUGAACAAUGAUGAUUUCGAUAUUUUCAUUCUACGUAAAUUUACUCCGUUUACCGGAAAAGGUGACGUCGUUCAAUGGCUUGCAGAAACAGAAGAUAAAUUCACUCAGUUUCGUAUUGCACGAUGUCUUCGUUAUCAAUCCAUCUCA